AUGCUGGCAGACUUCAUCCCGGUGCUCAGCGCCCUCAGUGUCACCAGCUCAGCGGCCGCAGGAUUCAGGUCCAUAGCCGAAGAAGAAGAUGCGCUGCUCAGACAUUUAUUCCAAGGUUACCAGAAAUGGGUUCGCCCUGUAUUACACUCUAAUGACACCAUAAAAGUAUAUUUUGGGUUGAAAAUAUCUCAGCUGGUGGAUGUGGAUGAGAAGAAUCAGCUGAUGACAACAAACGUGUGGCUCAAGCAGAAACAGAAAACAGGGAACGACAGAGGCCACUCACCACCAACUUCAGAACAAGGUGAAGCCCAAGUCAAAAUGAUGAAUCUCCGUUUUCCUGAUAUGACUAGAAAAGCAUCUGACCCCAAGACGAGCAGUGGCCCUGGGGUGUGGGGCUCAGCCAGCAUCAUGGUGGACCACAACCUGCUGGGAAUUCUCUGUUCAUCUUGCUGUCCGUAUAUUAAAGUUCCGUCAGAAUCUCUCUGGCUUCCUGACAUAGUUCUCUUUGAAAACGCUGAUGGACGGUUCGAAGGCUCGCUCGUGACCAAGGCCAUCGUGAAAUCCGACGGGACCAUGGUGUGGACGCCUCCCGGCAGUUACAAAAGCUCCUGCACCAUGGACGUCACCUUCUUCCCAUUCGACCAGCAGAACUGCUCCAUGAAGUUCGGAUCCUGGACUUACAACGGGACCAUGGUUGACCUCGUCCUGAUAGACGAGAAUGUGGACAGAAAAGACUUCUUCGACAACGGAGAGUGGGAGAUCCUCAACGCCAAGGGCACGGCGGGGAGCAGGAGAGACGGAGCGUACCGGUACCCGUUCAUCACCUACUCCUUCGUGCUGCGCCGCCUGCCCCUGUUCUACACCCUCUUCCUCAUCAUCCCCUGCCUGGGGCUGUCCUUUCUGACAGUGCUUGUCUUCUACUUGCCUUCUGACGAGGGGGAGAAGCUCUCCUUAUCCACCUCCGUCUUGGUUUCCCUGACAGUGUUUCUCCUGGUGAUUGAAGACAUCAUCCCGUCCUCCUCCAAGGUCAUCCCGCUCAUUGGCGAGUACCUCCUGUUCAUCAUGGUCUUCGUCACCCUGUCCAUCAUCGUCACCAUGUUUGUCAUCAACGUCCACCACAGAUCUCCCUCCACUUACCACCCCAUGGCCCCCUGGGUUAAGCGGCUGUUUCUGCAAAAACUUCCUAAAUUACUUUGCAUGAAGGACCACGUGGAUGGCUACUCUUUCCCGGAUAAAGAGGAGAGUAAACGGGCAGUGAGAGGUAAAGUCCUCGAAAAAAGGAAACAAAAGCAGAUUAGCGAUGGAGAAAAAGUUCUGGUCGCUUUCCUGGAAAAGGCUGCGGAUUCCAUCAGAUACAUUUCCAGCCACGUGAAGAAAGAGCAUUUCAUAAGUCAGGUGGUGCAGGACUGGAAGUUCGCAGCUCAAGUUCUCGACCGGAUCUUCCUCUGGCUCUUUCUGAUCGCGUCUGUCACCGGCUCAGUUCUGAUUUUCACCCCUGCUUUGAAGAUGUAG